AUGGACUAAGAUGAUUAAGACUCAUUAUUGGAAGUCUCUGAAUCAGACCGAUAAACUAAUCUACUACUCUCCAACAACUUGACGGACAUCUUUUGUUCCGACUAUUAUAGUCGCUUCAAAAACAGCACCAAUAUCAAUGAGCCUUCUAUGACAAUGUCUAGAGUUUCGCAAUUAGAUAAAAUUUCAGAAGACAAUUCCAAUACAACUCAUAUUAAAAUCAUACACAUCACUGAGAGGUUGAGCUCAGAAAUCUAGAGAAAUCAACUGUUAGAAAAUAAAUUAUCUGCAUAAGAAAUAAGAAUUAAAGAAUUGCAGGACUAAUUACAGGCCAAAGACUUCCAACUAAAAGACUCCCUUCAGUUAAAUCUAAAAUUAUAAACCCAAAUCAGCAAAGAGCAGGAUAAGGUAAGAUAAUACAUUAAGUCAAACAAAGAACUCAGAUUUAUUAUCAAGUAUUACUCCACUUAUUCUAGCUCCUUAUAAAACCCCACAAGCAUUUCAGAUCUGAGAACCGAAACCUUAUAAUCCACUUUGGAAUGCCCUUCAGUUAGACCCAUCUCUCAAAACAGAGGAAAGAGAGCACAGAAUAAUUCUCACUCCUACUCCUCAUCCAAAGCUGUCUUUACUAAAAUGCUCACUGAAGACUCCUAAUAGAAUUUGAGUGACAAAAUCAAAGAAGCUCUCUCCUUCCUAAAUUAAAGAGUUGACUACCAAAGUAGAGAUCCCAAAAACGCUGAUAAAUCAAAAUAUUAUAGAUCCCAAUCCAAUUUUUGGUCCAGUGUCACUACUUCUCCUAAUCCAGGAAGAAGCAAUCACACCCAGAAUAACAUAAGCUUGAAUAAAAUACAAAACACUGAUAAAAAAUUGGACAAUACUCUAAUAUUACUAAAAGCGAUAAGAUAGUAGUGUAAUCAAAAUACAACUACAAAAAAAGGAUAAUGA